GUGAAAAUUCAAGGCAGACCACUACUUACGUCUGCCUCUUAUCCAUUCCCAUCCACAACCGUUGGUAGAAACCACACAUGUUUUGUUAUUUAUUCGUAAAUUUUAACUUUGCAAAUCCAUUAUAUUUUUCCAGCCACCACUCAAUCGUCUCGUCUCCUACCACUGCCGUCUAACUCUACAGUAAUGGUAGUUAAAAUAAAAUACUACUAAAAAUUAAAAUUAAAAAGCGAACAUAGACUGACAGGAGAGGAUCAUAAAACAGAGAUGUUGGCGAAAGAUUCUGGUAGUUCCACCUUCUAUCUUCCCGAGGAAGUAUUACAAGUGUUACCGUCCGAUCCAUUUGAGCAGCUUGAUGUAGCUCGUAAAAUUACAUCCAUCGCUCUCUCUACGCGUGUUUCCUCUCUUGAAUCUGAGAACUCCGCUCUACACGCUGAACUCGCUGACAAAGAUAACCUCAUCGCCGACCUUCAAUCUCAGAUUGAGUCUCUUGACGCUUCUCUCUCCGAUACCGUUGAUAAACUUUCCCGGGCUGACCUCGAGAAGGAGAACUUGUUGAAAGAGAAUGCUUCACUAUUCAACACGGUAAAGAAGCUCCAGAGAGAUGUUGCCAAGCUAGAGGUGUUUAGGAAGACACUCAUGCAAUCACUUCAGGAGGAUGAAGAAAGUUCUCCAGGAGAUCGGCAUAUCAUUGCCAAGCCAACACCUAAUGAAGAUGAUGUCAGCUUGCCUCCUUCAAGGACAUCUUCAAUGCGGAGCCAUUUCUCAGAAAUGGGAAACUCACCUGCAGAGAAUCGUGAAACAGAUGUGUCAAGACCUUCAACAAUAUCACACAAUGUUCUGCUAGCAUCCCAAACAAGUACUCCUCAGCUUACUCCUCCAGGUUCCCCUCCCAGUUUAUCAGCUUCUGUCUCUCCCACAAGAACGUCUAAACCAGUUUCUCCAAGACGACAUGCAAUGUCAUUUUCUACCUCAAGGGGUAUGCCUGAUGAUAGGCCAAUAUUUUCCUCUCAUGGUUCAAUGGCAAGCUCUGACGCAGGGUCACAUACAGGGCGAACUCGUGUGGAUGGGAAAGAAUUCUUCCGCCAAGUCAGGAGCCGUUUGUCUUACGAGCAGUUUGGUGCAUUUCUGGCUAAUGUUAAGGAAUUGAAUUCCCACAAGAAAACAAAAGAAGAGACUCUAAGGAAGGCUGAUGAGAUUUUUGGCCCAGAAAAUAAGGACCUUUAUGUGAUAUUUGAGGGGUUGAUCACUCGAAAUGUUCAUUCAAGCUGAUUAUGGGAACUGUACUAUUCACUUUGUAGUCCAUUUUGCAUUCUCCUUUUGUUGUAAAUUAAUUUAUACUGUAAUUGCAAUUUCCAUGGCAUACUUCCAUUUAUACUUAAAUUAUUUGUUAGCAUUUAAUAAUGGUCACUGAAAAGAACUUGUGACUUAUGGGACGCUUGUUGAAUAUCUUGGAGUAUAUCAGCGAAGUUUUCCCCUAAUUUUUGCA